GAUCGCGAAGACGAAGUGACAGUGACACUUGACUUGUGUAAUUUAACAUUUUGUGAAUGAAACUUUGAAAGACUCAGUUCUUCAGUCAAUAAUGAGCAUCCACCUGAGCAUGUUGGAGAGAUUCUCUAUUUCACCAGAAGAUUAUCUUGAGCGCCAUCAUGUGCUGACCUACUUAGAAGAUGCAGUGACCCAGUUGCUAGAGUUCAAAGACGAUCAACCUAAAGCAGAUCCAGCCAUCUUUCUUCAAGAAUAUUUCACCAGUAUCUUGAAAGGUACCAAUGUGUUGUAUAGGGAGUAUGACUAUGUUCGCUCCACGCCCCACAACCGAUCUGCCUUCAUCAAGCUAUUUUGGAGAUGCUUCAAGUACAUCGGCAAGCAAGGAGAUCUACUAACUGUCAGUGAAUACCACUCCCUGCUUAGUCUACUCUGUCCAGACUUUCCUGUUGACCCAGUCCAUCGUACAGCAAGGAUCAUCUUCCUCGAAGAUGCGAUGGACUCACUGACAUCGUUUGCUGACUUCCUCUUUGCCUUCCAAGUUCAGUUUUACUAUGACGAAUUUCUUCAGCGGUGUCUGGAUAUCUAUGAACGUCAGAUCUCUGCCGCCCAGAGCCCACGAGAGACCGUCUACAUUCCCAGCGAGGCAUCUCCACGGCAACAGAAGAAGCCAUCGCAGUCCUCUGCAGAUCACCCUCCUCCUGAAGGGGUCGACACCCGAUAUUUCCUGGAUGCGAUCUCUAAGGAAUGCCAGAGGGCUAAGUUCAGCUACCCGGAGAUGUCCGACCUGCGAGGUGUUCUUUCCUCUAGCAGCCGAACAUCUUUCUAUGGCUUCCUCGUAGCGCUGUCCAAAGACGAUGCAAUCAAUGCGGGAAUCGGUGUGCUGCCCUCUAGGUCAGCUCUGUAUGAUGAGUUAUCUGGUGCUCCGUCUGCUCCUCUUGAAAGGAAAAGCAAACGGAAUACAACAACUCGACUUGGAGGGAUGUCGUUGAGGCAAGAUGAGAAAUGAGAUCGGGGGGAUGGAUGCGAGGCUCAACAAAUCCUUCCAGUCUUCCUGUGGAUGACUCCGAUGUCAUCCGGAAGAACCUGGUCACUGGGAUGUCUCUGGACAUAGAUGCUUCUUUGUUCCUGAUCUCCUUGGCACACUCGCACCUGAUUUACCUGCAGCCCUGUCUGAAAAAUAUAUAUAUAUAUAUUUUUUUUUUAAAGGUUUGCUGUUUGGUAUGGUAAGAUGUAGAGGCCAAAUGAUUUAUAAGGAUUGUUUUCCCAUCUGGUAUGAAUCUCAUGAAAUCAAAGGAGGAGGACAAGACGCGACAAAAAAACUCAACCAGGAAUGAAUUCGUCAACAUGUGAAGUUGAAAAUGUGACAAGCAAAGAAGUAUUCAAAACAAUGGAUGUGAUUUGUUAACAUUCGAAAAAGCACAUUGGAAAUGUUAGUACUAGUACUGUUUCCUCAAAAUUGUCCUUACAAAACAUAAACAGUAAAGAAACAGAUGACAAUUACCUUUUCAGGAAUGAUAACUUUUCCAUGGGGGAGGGUUGGGUUGUCAUGUGAAUCCCCUGUUUGAAUGGCGUGAGCUUUACAUUGUGCAAUAAUCAGAUGAUGUUUUUGUUUCUGAACCCAUAGUAAAAAAAACCCACAAAAGUUUGUUUAUUGGUGAAUAGAUGUUUUCUUAAGGCUGUGUCAUAUGCUAGUACUGAGCAUUCUCUUUCAGGAGCACAUAUGGAGCUGCUCUUCUCUGUGAUUUGAAACAUCAAUUUUUUUUUUCACCCUGGUAUAGCCCACCACUAAUGUCAUAACUUUCCUAUUGCACAUCGAGUUUUCCCCCUCCCGCGUGAAGCACGGAGGGGGGGAGAGAAAAAUGUCGAAUUGCGGAGGCCCCAACGUUUCUUUGAAUCGUUCGUUCUCUGCAUCCGCUCUUACUUUUUUCUGCCUGAAAUGGGGAGGGGCACAGCCAAAAAUUUCCCGGUAACUAGCUAAGUCUAAAAUAAGUGGCGAAGCUAGGAUUUAAUUCAAGGGGGUGGUAGUCAGCACGCGAAGCGCAUAAAACACUGAGCGCGCAAAACAUGUUCCGGGGGAUGCAUGGAGGGAGAAGCUGUGACGAUCCCUUGAACUAUUCCUUGUCUGCUCUCGGUCGUCUUACGUUCUCCUAUACCUUUUUAUUUUCUCGCUCAUGUUUCCCCCUUCUUUCUUUUUGGGGGGGUUGGCGUUUAUUUUUUUGCUAUGAGGGUGUAAUCAAUUGAUGAAUAUAAUUGUUCAUUUAUUUAUUUAUUCAUUCAUUCAACUAUUCAUUAACUCUUUGCCCGCCACGGACGACUCGCGGCACAUACAGCGGACUGCCAACGACGACUCAAGUCACAGUUCGCACACAAUGCAUACGGAAUGCAUUGAAUUGUAAUUGUGUGCACACACAUACAAUAGCGACGCGUGUAUUGCAUUGUUUACAAAUCUAGCUUUCGUGUUAUAGCUUUCGCCGACGUUGUUUACAUAGAGAUUUUUCGGGUAAAAUUGAGUUUUUUUAACUGCUUUAGGAUAUAUUUAGAUGAGCUUUCAAUAGCUUGCACUGCUUUCCUUGCAAUAAAAGAAUGAUACAAAUUGCCACCUCCCUAUAACAAUAAGGGGAUCAAAGUAUCAAUAGACGGGAAGUCUAUUGAGAAGUAGCCAGGGACAAUUUCAAUAGAAGAGUUUAGUUCAUUGUCAGUUUACUCUUUUUGAAUGCCCCAUUUCAAUCCUAAACUGCUUAGCUCAUAAUGACCAUAAAGACAUAGAUUUGGUAUGUAAUGAAAGCUAAAGAACACAUCUUUUCAAUGGACUAACUUAGAAAUUUAACCUUCAUUAGGAAGUAUUGAAUAUAAGAGGUAUAAAAUACCCUCCUAAACGAAAAAUUGGAAACAGAAUGUAAAGUUAAAAUUCUCAAAAUCUAUGAUAUUAUACAUAGCAAAAAUUAUACCAUUGGCAAGAGUAUUUAUUUCUCUAAAACUUUGCUACACAAUUUUUUUCAAUACGGCAAACCAGUAAAAAGUUAUUGCGAGUUGAAUAAGACAGUGCACGCAAACUCCCUCUGAAUGUGGCACCCCAAAAUUAAUGUGGCGCAGAGGGGAUAGUGUACGUGGCGGACAAAGAGUUAAUAGAUUCCUUUUUUAAUAUCAAUUUUCUUUUAGAUAACAUUUCAGCUUCUGCCGGAGUAUUAUUAGACUCGGAAUAGUUUGCAAAAAUGCUUUUCAUAAUACUACGAAAUCCGACACCCCAUUCCCUCACAUUUCAUCAUCUAACGAAAUCAUACCAUAGUCUCUGAAGAAAUCUACUCAACCGAGGUGAAACC